GGCGCGGCGCACGGCGAGGCGAGGCGGGGCUGUCUGCGGUGGAGGCGGCUGCGGGGCCGGCGAGCGCGGGCCGCCUGCCGACGACGGAGCGCGGCGGCGUGCACUCCCGGCCCUGCUAGUCCACUCGAGGCGGGCGCGUGAGCCCGGGUGGUGAAGCUGUGGGGCAGGGACGGACCCGGAUUCCCGCGCCCCGCUGAGCGGCCUCGGGUCUCGGGGGCGACGCACCGGGAGGAGGAGGGCGUCGGAUUGAGCGCCUCCCACAGGGCCGGGAGGAGCCUCGCCGCGGCCUUCGAGAAACGCCGGGAGCCGCGGGGCGGCGGGAGGGGGCGGCGGCUACCGCUCAGAGGCUCCUCCCUCGGUGACCAUACUGGCUGCUUUCGUUUCCUCUCGUGACAGGUGCUCGGUUGAUCUGUCCUGUCACAGCGAGGUAUGAAUCGUCCUCGCGAGAUUUGUCCACAGGCAGAGUGAGGCUGAGGCUUGGCGGCCGGGACUUCUCAGGAACCAGUGCCCUAAGGGCUCACGUUGUGUGCGAGGUGGCUUGCUCUCUGGCCCAGCGCCAUGCACACUCUUGUGUUCCUGAGUACACGGCAGGUGCUCCAGUGCCAGCCCGCAGCCUGCCAGGCCCUGCCCCUGCUGCCUCGUGAGCUCUUCCCCCUGCUGUUCAAGGUGGCCUUCAUGGACAAGAAGACCGUUGUGCUGCGUGAGCUGGUGCACACGUGGCCCUUUCCUCUGCUCAGCUUCCAGCAGCUUCUGCAGGAGUGCACCCAUUGCAGCCGGGCGCUGCUACAGGAGCGGCCCAGCACGGAGAGCAUGCAGGCCGUGAUCCUGGGGCUCACAGCCCGGCUCCACACCCCAGAGGCUGAGGCCGGCACACAGCCCUUCUGCAGGAAGCAUGCACUGCGGGUGCUGGACAUGACGGGCCUCCUGGACGAUGGUGUGGAGCAGGACCCCGGCACCAUGAGCAUGUGGGACUGCACGGCAGCUGUGGCCCGCACAUGCAUCGCACAACAGCAGGGGGGCACUGUGGAGCCCGGGCCGGCCCCUGUUCCUGUAGAGGUGCGUGUGGACCUUCGCGUGAACCGGGCCUCUUAUGCAUUCCUGCGGGAGGCCCUCCGUAGCAGUGCGGGCAGCCCUCUACGGCUCUGCUGCCGGGACCUGCGGGCUGAGGACCUGCCCAUGCGCAACACCGUGGCCCUGCUGCAGCUGCUGGAUGCAGGCUGCCUGCGCCGCGUGGACCUGCGCUUCAACAACUUGGGCCUGCGUGGCCUGUCUGUCAUCAUUCCACAUGUGGCCCGUUUUCAGCACUUGGCCAGCCUUCGGCUGCACUAUGUGCAUGGGGACUCACGGCAGCCCUCUGUGGAUGGCGAGGACAACUUCCGCUACUUCUUGGCCCAGAUGGGCCGCUUCACCUGCCUGCGGGAGCUCAGCAUGGGCUCCUCUCUGCUCUCGGGGCGGCUGGACCUGCUGCUCAGCACACUGCAGAGCCCUCUAGAGAGCCUGGAGCUGGCCUUCUGCGCUCUGCUGCCUGAGGAUCUGCGCUUCCUGGCACGAAGCCCCCACGCUGUCCACCUCAAGAAGUUGGACCUAAGUGGCAACGACCUGUCUGGCAGCCAGCUGGAACCCUUUCAGGGUCUGCUGCAGGCGGCAGCAGCCACACUGCUGCACCUCGAGCUGACCGAAUGCCAGCUUGCUGACACCCAGCUGCUGGCCACACUCCCAGUGCUGACUCGCUGUGCUAGCCUCCGCUACCUCGGCCUCUAUGGCAACCCGCUAUCCAUGGCAGGCCUCAAGGAGCUCCUUCGGGACUCGGCAGCACAGGCUGAGCUGCGCACGGUGGUGCACCCCUUCCCUGUGGACUGCUAUGAGGGUCUGCCCUGGCCGCCACCUGCCUCUGUCCUGCUGGAGGCCUCCAUCAAUGAGGAGAAAUUCGCCCGUGUGGAGGCUGAGUUGCACCAGCUGCUUCUGGCCUCAGGUCGUGCCCAUGUGGUCUGGACCACGGACAUUUAUGGGCGCCUGGCCGCAGACUACUUCAGCUUGUGAUCUCUGGGCUUCGGGUGAGAAACAGGCUGUCCCGGAGUCCAGGGCUGCUGGAGGCCCCACCCCCUCCUGGGUAGGCAGAGCCUUUGCUGGGACCCUGCUGGAAGUCUGACACAAAGGCACUGGUCUUGAUUUCCUUGCUUCUUGGGUGUACCUUGAACCUCCCUGCGCAUUCUGCGGGGCCCUGCACAGCUGGCCCUGCACCUGCUUCCGUGACUUGCCCACGUCUGUGGGCCUGGCGUCUGGAUUCCGGGCCUGCUCACUCCUGCUUGGUUUGGCUGUACUUGGCUACCCUCUGCUGUCCCGGACCUCUCCAGAAUAUUCCUUGGGUCCCAGCUCUGAGAGAGCGGGCGUCUCUCUGGGUCCUCUUCAAGAGAAGACUGCUCUGGGUUGUGGCUGGGACAGGGACCUGCCUCAGGGGGGGGUUGGCCCUCCUGCACUUGGGCCUGUUACGGUUUUCCGUGUGCUGGCACCCUGGAGACUGCCUGUGAGCUGGGCUUUGGGGCCAGAGGGUGUCAUUAAGGUACAAAUGUGUAGUGUAUUUGGAACUUAAAA